UCUAGAAUCUAUGUGCAUAUAAUCUAUUCUAAAAUAUGCCUCGAAGAUCUUCCAUGAAACCGAUUAAUCUGGAUGAAGAAGAGGAGGAAGAAGAAGAUGCUGCUUUUACUGCAGAAGAAGCUCAGAUGAGAGCUGCACAAUUACAAAAAGAAUUAGAAGAACAAAAUAAAUUUGAUUGUCUUUGUGACGGUGUAAACAGUGCGAUAUCACUGGUUGAUUCUGCAUUUAUUGGAUUGCUUGAAUUGAAAGAUGAACUUGUAAUGCAUGGUUUACCUCCAAGUCUUCUUGCUUCAGUUAUUCUGACAACGGGAAGAAUGUAUAGAAGUAUUACUGAUCUUCACACACCAAUUCGUGAACUCACGAGACUAGUCAAUGUAUAUUCAGUACCAUGGGAGCAGAAGAGUGAACAGCUGAAGAAACUACACACUGAUUAUGAAAGCAAACAGAGACAGCUAAACAUAGCGGUACGUAAAUUGCAAUUAAUUGACACUCAAGCAAGGAGGUUGGAAAGAGAAAAAAUUAUAAACAACUGGGAAAAAGUUUUUGCCAAGGUAUCAAGUGCAAAAACUCAUGGUAGAAGAUGGAAAUUCAUGAUUGAAGCAUUCAAGAAAAAAGUUAAGGAGGGAGCAUUAUUCAGUGAUAUAGAAGUUGAUGACGAUGACGAUGAUGAUAGUGAAGAGAGUGAAGAUGAAGAAGAACCAUCUGAACAAGACGAAGCGGUUGCUGCGAAACAAAGAUUUAUGAUGUCAGUUAUAACUGCUUCUCCACCACAAGAAGAAGAAGAAGAUAUGGGUAGUCAACCACCUGGUUCAGAACUUGGUAGUGAAGCUGAUGGAAUUCCAUCUGAAGUGACAGAAAGUAGUGGGAAAUCUGAAGAUAUGUCUCCUGACUUACAUAGAAAGCCGAAACGGCAUGGAGUCAGCUUCGGACCUGUUGAUGAAGUUGUAAAGGAAGUUGUUGUUAAACCAGAAAUGAAAGAUGCGGAAAUUUGGACUGAUCAGCCAGAAUAUGAAACUACAUUGAAUGUGCGUGUAUUCAGACCUUUGGAAAUGAAAGAUGAUGAUAAUCAAGACAUAAGCUGUUCACUGACACUUGGCGACAAAACUUUGAAAACAGGAACUUUACCUAUUCCUACAAUAACUGAUAUUACAUUUACUACUGUACAACCUGAGGUCUUAACUACUAUUGGAGAAAAACAAGAUUUAUUAGAAGAAACGCCAAAACCAAGACCCAAAGCAGGAAGAAGAAAAUCAAUUGGAUUUGCAAAGAGACCAGUCAGUCCACCAGCUCCUUCAUCAAUGAAAUCAAAACCGACAAAACCAAGUAGUAUUUUGAAGAAACUAAAAUCACCUUCUGAUGAAGAAUCUGAAGACGUGGAAGAAAAGAAAUCAGAAAACCCAACAGUAGAUAAAUCAUCUUUUAAAGAAGUUUCCUUUCCCCUUCCUGAACAUAUGAAUGACUCGAUCAAAGUUGCCAUCUUACAAGGAGAGAAGAAUACAAUGAUUUCAAUGGCAAUGUUAUCAUUACAAACUAUCAAUAUAGAGAAUCUUCCAAUAAAAUAUGAAAAACCAACUAAUGAAUCAUCAAAGUCAGAGAUUGAAGAGGGAAAAAAAGUAUCUGAGGAGAAAGAUAAUGAUAAGAAGCCGGAAGAGAAAGAUAUGCCUGAAGAAGUUCAAACUAAACCAGAAACAACAGAAGAACUAUCUGAAAUUGACACAGCAAUUUUAUCAAGAGAUCCAGUAUUUGUUUCUUUGCAAGGAAUAAAACUUGGAAUUGGUGGUCAUGGGCAUUCAGAAAUAGGAAAAUUACCAAUGAUGUUUUAUCUUGUUAAAAAAGAAAUACCAAAAUAUGUAAACAAAGAAUGCAACACAGAGAGUAUAAGAGAACUUGUAAAAGAUGUCAUAGGUGUUGAUCUGGAUCAGAUAUCAAAAGACGAUUUAAUAAAUAUAUUGAGCAGAGAAUACAAUGAUGUUUGUACUUCUGCUAUGUCAUUUGCAUCUUCAUCUUCUCAUAAAUCAGGAUUUAUUGCACCUGAAGAGUUGGAAGCAAUUCAAGAACAACAUGAUAAAGAAUUACAAAAUAUCCAAGCAGAAUAUGAGAUGAAACUUCAGCAAUAUUAUCAGACAUGGAACAUAUGCAGCAUGUUCAACACACAAGAACACCGCAUUGAUUUUUUGAAUUGUUGUCAUGGUCUCCUUAGUGGAUUUGAAAGCUACCACACAAGUGAUCAAGCUGAAUCGCUAAAAGAAUUGCAGUUUGUACAGGAUACGGGUGUUGCAAUCAGAGGUUCAAGAAAACCAAGACCACCUGUUUUACCUGAUUGGGGAGCUCAUCUGCCUAAAAAUGUUUGGGUUCGUAUGAAAAUGUUGACAGAAGAAAUGAUUGAGAAACGACAUCAAUUAGAAGGGAGAGUACGAAAACAGAUUGCCUCAAAUAUUGAAAAGAAAUUGGCUUCACAGUACAAACUACAGCGUGCAAAUAACACUAUACAAGGGCCUUUGCAAGAUGUCAGUCUGCCCGCUGUUUUCAUGCCAUCUAGAACUGGGAAUGUAUAUAAUCCUCGUGCACAUUUAUAUUUCCAUCCCACUGGAACAUCUGGUGAUCUACGUUUAUCUCAGCCUCCAUCAAUAUUUCAACUUCCUCCAUUACCAGAAAAGGCUAGACUUACCGUUGUCAAUCUGUUUGAUUUGAGUAAAAAUUUCCAACAAAAUUCAUCUACGGACUGGCUUACAAGGAUCGCAUCAGCAGCUCAACCUAAAGGUUCUCGAGCAACAACGGCAGCUACCAGAGCAUCUCGACUUGCAACACCAAAUACACCUGCACCUACAGCAAAUAUUUAGAGCAAAAAUUUAUUACAUCAGUAGACCAUUCUAAAUAAUUAUGAGAUGCUUCACUUCAAACAAGGCUGGGAGCAAGCAUCCAAUGCUAGAUAUUAAAUUUCAUGCAAGUUUCUGGUGUCAAUGUCUUUACCAGCUCUCCAGAAUGUUCUUUCCACAUAAUAACCUUUUUGAUAUAUUCACACAGGAUUUUUUUUUGUCAUAUCAAGAUUUCAUUCCUGAAUAUACAUUGCAUUUCACAAAAACUUCUCAAUACACAUGACAAUAUAAUUCCUACUGCCGGAAUACAAUUAAAAGCUAUUAGUUCUGUAAAAACUACCUUAAGUCGUAAGUCUAUAAUGUCAAGCUUAUCAUGAAACAAUGUAUGCGACAACCCCACUCAUAUGUGGUGGUAUAUUUUUUUAUAUACUACAUAUUUUGUUUUAUAGAAUUUCAUUCAGUGUUGCUUAGGCUUUGAUCCAGUUUAUUUUUUGUAUUUUUCAUUGUGUCAUGCAUGCCCGAUCAUGUUACCUUUUGAAAAUAAAGUUAUGCAAAAUAUGCUGUAA